AUGGCUGGUCUGAUUGCAUCUGGAGUUAUCAAGUGGACAGCAAGCAAGCUUGCUUCCUUGGUUUCUGCACCGAUUGGGUCAUCGCAAUCUGAUGAGCAGCAAACUUCAGCAAUCAGCGAUGUGCAGGCGCUGCAGAGGACGAUGGCAACUGUCCAGCGCACACUUGGGGCAAUGGAUGAGGAUAACAUCAGAGAUGAGUCUGGAAGGCUUCGCUUGAGGGAGCUCCAGCAGUUUGCCUAUGAUGCACAGGAUGCUAUCGACGAGUACAAGUUUGAGCUGCUGCGUCGUAUGAUGGAUGAUCCAAACAGUCAUGGUGAAGACAGAAGUACACGUAAGCGCAAGCGCAAGGGAAAAAAGGAGGAACCUGAAACAGACCCUGUGGUGGUUCCAGUACCAGAUGAAUUGGCUCUCAGGGUAAAAAGAAUUCUAGAAAGAUUUAAGGAGAUCACUAAGGCAUGGAAUGAUCUCCAACUGGAUGAGGCAGAUGCACCAUUGAGAGAAGAUGAACAAGACUUCCUGCCAAUGCCAACUACCCCACAUAUUGAUGAACCCACUGUCAUUGGAAGAGAUGAUGACAAGAACAACAUAGUCAAGAUGUUGCUCUCAAUGGAUGGAGCUCAUGGAGAAAAAAUUGCAUCAAUUCUUCCUAUCAUUGGAAUGGGGGGAGUAGGGAAGACAACGCUUGCCCAACUAGUUUAUAAUGAUCGAAGGAUAAUGAAGCAAUUUGAUCUAAUGGGAUGGAUCCAUGUAUCGGAGAACUUUGAUCUUAAAAACAUUAUGAGCAAAAUUAUCAUGUCACUUACAAGAAAACCUUGUCAAAUAACAGAACUGGACCAGCUAGAGUAUAUGCUAAUGGAUCAAGUUGCUGGCAGAAAGUUUUUACUUGUUCUUGAUGAUGUGUGGAGCGAAAGGAAGGACCUUUGGGAUGCCUUGCUAUCACCAAUGUCAGCUGCACAAUUAGGGGCAAUACUUGUAACUACCCGGAAUGUGAAUGUGUCAUCAGUUAUCCAGACAAUGGCUCCCUACCAUGUGGGCUGCUUACCUUUUGAUGAAUCUUGGCAGAUAUUUAAGCAGAUGGCCUUUGGUCACCUAGAUCAAAAUAUAGAAAAAGCCUUUGAAGAAAUUGGCAAAAAAAUUGUUCAGAAAUGUGGAGGCCUACCUUUGGCAGUCAAAGCAAUUGGAAGCGUGCUUCGCUUUGAGGAAAAUGAGGAAAAAUGGAGUGAUAUAUUGGACAGUGAACUGUGGGAGUUACCAACAGGGGAGGAUACUGUGUUACCAGCCUUAAGAUUGAGCUAUGUCCGAAUGCCGAUUGACCUGAAACGGUGCUUCGUUUUGUUCACGCUGUACCCAAAGGGGCACAUUUUCAUGAAGGAAAAUGUUGUAUAUCUCUGGAUAUCUUUGGGCAUCCUUAAGCAGAACAACCAUAGACACCUUGAGAAUAUUGGGAAUCAAUACUUUGAUGACCUAUUGCAGAGAACUAUGGUUCAGCGAGUACAAAUUGAUGGAGGACACAAUUGCUUUACCAUACAUGACCUUUUCAUUGAUCUGGCCAAAUUUGUCUCAGGUGAAGACAUUCUGAAACUGGACACUCAACACAUGCUGUAUUUAAAUGAUGCAUCACGUAAUGUUAGGUACCUAUCCUUUGCUGUGAGUUCUUCGGAUCAUACUAAUUUGGACCUGCGUACCUUGCCAAUUAAUGGGAGCAUUAGGAUACUUCAAGUUAUAAAUGCUAUGGAUGAUAACAAGAGGUACUAUUCUUCUCUUUUCAAAAACAACAGAAGACGCUUCUCCAAGUUGUUCUCUCAUCAUAUCAACAUUACACUUCCUGAAGAUCUAAGGGGUCUUCGACAUCUGAGAGCCUUGGAUUUAAGCCGUAGUUCAUUGACAUCGUUGCCUGAGUCAAUAGGAGAACUGAAGUUGCUUAGAUACCUCAGUAUUUUCCAAACACGAAUUGCCAAGCUACCUGAAUCUAUCUGCGGUCUUUACAACUUGAAGGUUUUGGAUGCAAGAACUAACAUGCUUGGAGAGAUUCCGCAAGGCAUUCAGAAGUUGGUCAGCCUUCAGCACCUUAGUUUAGAUCUCUGGUCUCCCCUAUGCAUGCCAAGAGGAAUUGGGGAGCUGAAGAAGCUAAAAACAUUGACAAGAGUUAGUGUUGGAACAGGGAAUUGGCACUGCAAUAUUGCUGAACUACACCAUUUGGUGAAUAUCCAUGGAGAACUUUCCAUUACAGGGCUCAGCAGAGUGACCAACAUCAAUGAUGCUCAGACAGCAAACCUGAUCAAUAAAAUACACCUGCAAAUUCUGAGAUUGGAUUGGUCUGCUGGAUUUUACGCUACUGAAUGUGAGCACACUGUUAAUCAGAAUAAUGCAACAUCAACCCCAGAAUUUGAAGAGGAGGUAUUUGAGAGCUUAAAACCACAGAGGAACCUUGAGGAGUUGGAGGUAGUCGAGUAUAGUGGCUACAAAUAUCCAAGCUGGAUGGGUGAUCCUGCCUUCUCACGUUUAGCCAAGGUGACUCUAUGGAAGCAAAAAUGCAAGUUUCUUCCAGCUCUUGGCCAACUGCCUCAGCUCCAUGAACUUGUAGUCAUCCAUAUGGAAGGUGUAGAGCGAAUUGGGCAAGAGUUUUAUGGCCAGGACUCCACAAAACGGUUCCCAGCUCUGGAGCUACUAGAGUUUCAGGACAUGCCAAAAUGGGUGGAGUGGUAUGACAUUGCUGAAAGUGAUUUCCCUUCUCUUAGUGAGCUGAAAAUCAAGGAUAGCAAUGAAUUGAGAGUCCUUCCACAGAAAUUGCCAGCUCAUUUGAAGAAGCUGGUUAUUACAAACUGUGAGAAGUUGAUUAGACUACCGAUUGCUCCUUCUCUCACUAGCUUAGUAUUGAAAGGCAACAUUCAUGAAGAAACAUUAAGUUGUCUGCAUUUUCCACUCCUCAGGACAUUAAAAGUCUGUUUCUUGAGAACAGCCAAGUUUAUCAAACUUGAAAACAUGCCAAUGCUAGAGGGACUAGCUAUUGUUGGAUGCAGACAGCUAUUUUCUGUAGCAGGAUUGUCUAACCUCGAAUCCCUCAGUCUUCUGAACAUAAAAGGUUGUCCAAACCUGCAUCUCCCUUUCGAGCCACUUCCGCAGAAGGUUCAACAAUCUACUGUCACAAAUUGUCCUCAGUUGCAGGAAUGGGCUGAGUGGCAGCAAGCUCAAAUGCCAAAACAUGAACAUCAGUUACAAGAACCUGAUGGUGCAAGCUACGAUCAAGAGGUUCUCAAUGCAAUAGAGGAUGACAGUGAGGAUGACUUUGAAGGUGUCAGUGAAGAUGAAGAUGAUUGUUUCUAUGAUAGCAUGCUGGAUGUUGGAGAAUCGAGUGGAAUGGCCAUUGAUUGCAAUAAUGAUAGUGACGAGGCUUUUUAA